UGCACCGUCAGCACACUCCAUUUCAUACACCCUUGGCCUCUGCUCCUGCCUGGACCUCUGCAAGCCUCUUCCUAUUCCCUUAGCAGGAAGCCUCAUGCAUGGCUGCCCUGCAGCGCCUUCAGCCCGUGAGCCAUGUGGCUGUGAGCGGAGGCACCCACGGCAAUGAGAUGUCGGGCAUUUACCUGGUCAAGCACUGGCUACGGGAGCCCUCAGCGCUGCAGCGGGAUAGCUUCUCAGCCACACCCUUCCUGGCCAACCCACUUGCCAUCGAGCGGUGCGUGCGCUACGUGGGGAGGGACCUGAACCGCACCUUCACCAAGCAGUUCCUCAACUCCAAGGCGACACAGGACGAACCCUAUGAAGUGCAGCGCGCCCGCAAGAUCAACCAGCUCUACGGCCCCAAGGGCUCAGCCCAGGCCUUUGACUUCCUGUUCGAGCUGCACAACACCACAGCCAAUGUGGGGGCCUGCCUGAUCGCCAGCGUCCAGGACAACCUGCUGCCCAUGCACAUGUGCCACUUCAUCCAGACCCACUGCACGCUGGGGCAUUACCCCAUCCUCCUGUACAAUCUGCCAGACCAGGAGGCCUACUCCAUCAGUUCAGUGGCCAAGCAUGGGCUAGCAUUUGAGCUGGGGCCACAGCCCCAGGGAGUGUUGAGAGCUGACCUGCUCACUCAGAUGGGAGCCCUCGUGGCCUGUGCCCUGGAUUUCAUCGACCUCUUUAACAAAGGUACGACCUUCCCUGCCUUUGAGACGGAAGCCUACAGGUUCAUCGGGAGUGUGGAUUAUCCCCGCCACCCUGAUGGGGAGCUCUGUGCCUCAGUGCACUCCAAGCUGCAGGACAAGGAUUUCCUCCCCCUGAGGCCCGGGGAUCCCAUCUUCCAGACCUUCAGUGGGGAGGAGAUCCUGUACCAGGGCCAUGCCACCAUCUACCCCGUCUUCAUCAACGAGGCAGCCUACUACGAGAAGAAGAUUGCCUUCAACAAGACGGAGAAGUGCAGCCUUUCCAUCCCUGCCCUGCAGAGGGAGUGAGGAGAGGGGCAGAGGGGAUGGCAGAGCAGAGGGGAAUAAACAGAGAUGGGCUGAACUGGACCCAUUGUGCCUGCCAAGGGCGUGACCAAGAGGGCCUGGGCCAGGUUGGGGUUGCAGGGAAGGGGCAGGCAGCUCUGGGACCCAGUGUGCCAGAGUCUGACCCCGCACAAGGACUGAAUCCUCUUCCCAUCCACGCACCCAGCAUAGCCCGGCUCCUGCCAUAAGACCUCCCGUCUUGUCCCAAGAUGUCUAAUCCAGCUCUGCCUUUGGCAUGGCCUGGUUUUCUGGGCUAAGUGGCAGAGCUCAGUGUAUCUGGGACCAAACAUGGAGCAACUGGGUUGGGACAAGGGAAUGGCUGGCACUGAGCUGUCCCAGUCCAAGCCCUGAGUUUACUGCCCCUGUAGCCAUCAGAGAAGGUGGCACAGGCUGGGAUGCCCAAGGGAUGCCCUUGCAGAGGCCACUAUCCUGCCACUGCAGGAUGUCCUGGCUGUUCCCCUGGGGGUACAGGGAAAACCCCAGUCCCAGAGGUGGAUGGGUAAGCCUGUAAUGAGAAACAGCCACUAGGGGGCGGCAGAGACCCAUGCAGCAUUGACUUGGGGGCCCGGGGGCAGCUCAUGCUCACUGUGCUGCAGCCCCUGGACUGCAUUGGUGCCAGUCACCCCUAGAGAGCAAGGCCCAUGCUGCCAUCCCCUCCCCUGUCCCCAGGCCAGGCAGUGACCUGCUCUGGGAUCACAUCAGAGUGGGAAGGAGGAGGAUAGGUUCUCCCAAGCUGAAUCAAAGUGAGAGUGCUGGCAGCUGGCAUGGGCACCCUCUGCUUCAGAGGAAGGUCUGAGAGCCGCAGGGCAGGAGACAAGGAUGCUCCUCCCCACACCACAGCUGAGCUGGUCCCCAACAUUGAGAGGGGUGGAGGCCUGAAGAUGGGAGGUUUCUGUCCCUUCCUGGCCUGGGCUCACUGGGGCUGUGCUCUCAGAUGUGCCUCCAAGGAGCUAGGUUGGCUGCGGGGCAGGGGCACUGUCGGGGGCUACCUGACCCCAGGACAGUCCUGUGGUGCCAGGCGAUGUAGGGCUAAGUCUCUCCCUAUCCCUGCACUGAGGAUAGGAAGGGGGCAGCAGCAGCUGGCACAGCGCCGUGGUCACAGGACAGCACACCACCCCAAGUCCGUGGGUAGUGUUUGGAGCUCCUGUAAGUGGCUCUGCAUGGAGCUGCUGUGGCACUGUGUGCGCGCCCCCUGCUCACCCGCUGUGUACGACCUCCUGACCGAGAAGCAGCAGAGCUGCAUCCGCACUGCAUCAAAGCCCGCUCACCACAGCAUGCCCAGGAACACACCCUGCACUGCUCCUGCUCCUGCUCCCAGCUACAUCAGUGCCGGCCUGGGAGGCAGCAUGGUGGGGUUUCCAGAGAAGGUGUUUCCCUUAUUAUAGAGGCAGGAAGGCAGUGGCUGAAAGUCCCAUUCCCGCUUUCUCUUUCCUUGGAGACUCCCUUUUAGAAAUUAAACAUAUUUCUUUCACCAAUGUCCCUCCCUCCCAUGCCAAGAGGCCUGGGGCUCCCCCUGCCCUCCUAAUGGCAGCAUCACACAGGCCCACGAACAGAUGCAAAUGGUGUGGUGCAACAUUGCAU